AUGUUCCGGCUUUUAACUGCGCCCCGAGCCAGGAGCUCAAUCCUCUUCAACAAGAUGCCCGAAAUAGUCGUUCGUUCCCGUCAUCUGCCUGGCAAGAACAAGAUGCUCAAAUGCUUACUCCUCAGCGGCCUUGCAGGACUGUCUGCGGCCCAGUUCCCGCCGCCGUUGGAGGGGGUCAAGGUGCUCAAGUCCAAGCUUCACGAGAAUGUGACGAUUUCGUUCAAAGAGCCCGGGCUGUGCGAGACAACUCCCGGCGUCAAGUCGUAUGCUGGCCACGUCCAUCUGCCCCCGGGUUUGCUGGACGAUGCGUCUGGUGAGAAGCAAAACUACCCCCUCAACACCUUCUUCUGGUUCUUUGAAGCGCGGCAUGAUGCCGAAAACGCGCCGCUGGCCGUCUGGCUCAACGGCGGCCCCGGCGGUUCGUCCAUGAUGGGGCUGUUGCAAGAAAACGGCCCUUGCUUCGUGGGCAAGGACUCCAAGACCACCGUCCACAACCCGUGGAGUUGGAACAACCAUGUCAACAUGCUUUAUAUCGACCAACCCAACCAGGUGGGCUUCUCUUACGACACACCAACCAACGUCACCGUCCGCACGCAUCUAGACCAGUCUCUUGAAAUUAUCCCCACCGACUUUUCCGAGACGUCGCCCCGGGUCAAUCUGACAACCCGAGUUGGCACGGUGUCGAGCCAGAAGUCUUUGUACACUACCAACAGCACUGCCCAGGCAGCUCACGCUCUGUGGCACUUUUCCCAAAUCUUCUUCACCGAGUUUCCUCACUACAAGCCCAAGGAUGACCGUGUCAGCAUGUGGGCUGAGAGUUACGGAGGCCAUUACGGACCCGGGUUUAUGCGCUUCUUCCAGCAGCAAAACGAAAAGAUCCUCAAUGGCUCCAUCGACGUUGCCCACGCGCACUUCCUCCACCUGGACACCCUGGGUAUCGUAAACGGUUAUGUUGACGCCGUCAUUCAGGAGGAGGCCUCCAUCAUCUUUGCGUUCAACAAUACAUACGGCAUUCAGGCCAUCAACCAAACCGUGCACGAUGCCCUGAUGCACAACUACACCCGCUCCGGCGGCUGCCGGGAUCAAAUCAUUCAAUGCCAGAAGGAGCUCGUUGGCCUGGACAAGAGCAUCGUCCACGCUGCCAAGGAGCUUCCCCGCACGCUCUGCUCAACCAUGCAAGACGCGUGUCUUUCAAGCGGCGAGGAGGCGUUCCAAGAGAGCAAUAACGCUCGCUUCGACAUUGCGCACCCAAAGCACGACCCCUUCCCGCCACCACACAUGCACGGCUACCUCACCGACGACAAGGUUCUCGCGGCCAUUGGCAGCCCUGUCAACUUCACCUGGGUCUCGGAAACUGUCUCGGACAAUUUCAUGAGCACCCUGGACAUUGUCCACGGCGGGUUCCUAGACGCCGUCGGCUACCUGCUCGACUCCGGAGUCAAGGUGCACAUGAUGUACGGCGACCGCGACUUUGCCUGCAACUGGAUCGGUGGCGAGAUGGCCUCUCUUGCUGUGCCGUACUCCCGUGCCCAGGACUUCAAAAGGGCUGGGUACGCCGACAUGGUCACCUCUGCUGGCGUGGGGGGUCUCACCCGCCAAGUCGGCAACUUUAGCUUCACCCGCGUCUUCCAGGCCGGCCACGAGGUCCCCAUGUAUCAGCCCGAGGCGGCAUACGAGAUCUUCAUGAGAGCGCUCUUCAAUCGUGACAUCCCCACUGGCAAGGUACCCGUCCACGACGAGCUGUCUACUGUUGGUCCCUCAAGCACGUGGCAUGUGAAGCAGACUGCCCCCGAGCCACCCUCUCCCAGGUGUUAUGUCCUGAUGCCCGAAACUUGCACUCCUGAAACGUGGGAAAGGGUCAUGGCAGGUGAGGUUACCGUCAAGGACUUUUUCGUGGCCGAGGAUGAGCAUCAUGACGGCGAAUUAUAG